CCAAGGGCGGGACUUCAAGGCCGGAAGCGCCAAUCUUCCUCUCGCUCCUCUUCCGGUUCACUUCCGCCUACCCCUCCCAAGCUCGGGGACCGGAAGCUCCUCUCUCUAACCCGAUUCUCCUAAUUGAGUUGAAACCCGGGAGACGUCAAGAUGCCGGCUUACCACUCUUCUCUCAUGGACCCCGACACCAAGCUCAUUGGCAACAUGGCGCUGCUGCCCAUCAGAAGUCAGUUCAAAGGACCCGCCCCGAGAGAGAUUCUUUGGGGAUUUCUACAGCUAACGAAUGACCUGUUCCUCUUCCUUAGAGGACUGGAUUCCAACCAAAUUGGAAUUAUGGAUGAAUCAAAAGACACAGAUAUUGUGGAUGAAGCCCUCUAUUACUUCAAGGCCAAUGUCUUCUUCAAAAACUAUGAAAUUAAGAAUGAAGCUGAUAGAACCUUGAUAUACAUCACUCUCUACAUUUCUGAGUGUCUAAAGAAACUCCAAAAGUGCAAUUCCAAAAGCCAAGGUGAGAAAGAGAUGUAUACACUGGGAAUCACUAAUUUUCCCAUUCCCGGAGAGCCUGGAUUUCCCCUGAACGCAAUUUAUGCCAAACCUGCAAACAAACAGGAAGACGAAGUGAUGAGGGCCUAUUUGCAGCAGCUAAGACAAGAGACUGGAUUGAGACUUUGCGAGAAAGUUUUUGAUCCUCAGAAUGAUAAGCCUAGCAAGUGGUGGACUUGCUUUGUGAAGAGACAGUUCAUGAACAAGAGUCUUUCAGGACCUGGACAGUAAAGAGAGCUGGGCAGACCGUUUCCACAACCGUGGGCCACAUUUUACAGCAAAACGUACACAGUUCUUUGCCUUUAUUUCAUAAAGUUUUAUACAGAAGAGAGAAGAGAACAUGUCUUUACAUGAAAGUUUCAUUAUCAAGAAUUUGGGGGUGGGGUGGGGUGGGGAGAACGAACUGUCAAAGGGUGAUUUGAAAUUUUCUGCAGUAUUAAGCUGGUGCUUAAUAAGUAGUAAUAAAGGAAUUUCUAACAU